GUUGCGGGGACUGCUGGCAUAACAGCCGUGAUAUAGAUUUUUGCUCCUCAAUGGAAGACAUUUUUACAGAAACAGCGAGUGUUAUACAUUUCGCAUAUUCUCUGCAUCUGUACACUCAUCGACGAGAGAGAGACUUCCAUUAUUCGUAGGUGGACAUUGAAAGUCAUUUCAAUUAGGAAACAGACAGCUAUUAGACAUUGAAGAACUGUAAAUAUAGGCUACCACUGAUUGCGAACCGUCUUGCUAGCACGCCGUGGACACCCAGCACCUUGGACAGCGGUUAGGCGGCACUCGCGAAGGUGUGAAAAAUUACCAUAGACCGUUGAAUCCUAUCUGGUUGACAUAAUUUGCCCUGCAGUAAAGGCAAAGGGGUAAUUCUACAUGGAUUACACUGAAAUAUUCAAUAGAUUUUAAGGUUUUGGUUCCCUCAAGAGGCAACGUUUCCUGGUUUUCUCCAGACCUUCUGGUCCAACCCCAAAACGAGUGAGCUAGACCUCCCUCCAUAAACCAGUGGCAUCAUGGGUACUGUCCUGUCUCUCUCCCCAAGCUACCGUAAGGCAGCCCUGUUUGAGGAUGGCCCUGCCACAGUGGGUCACUACACGGCGGUGCAGAACAGUAAAAAUGCUAAAGACACCAAGAGCCUCAAACGUCAGUCCAUCAUAAGUGUGCUGCCAUGGAAACGCAUCGUGGCCGUAUCGGCCAAGAGAAAGGGGUCCAAGAAGCUCCCACCGGACGACAGUGGGCGGGGCAGCACAGAGCACACCUCUGCCUCCAACAGCCUGAAGCUGAAGAAGUCCCAAUCCUGUGCCAACCUGUCCUCCUACACCACCCAAGACCCAAGCACCACGACAACCACCUCCAUUCCCACCUCCAAGACUGUCGCCAACGUAGCCGCCACAGUCAAGAAGAACUCUCUGACGGGUUCCGUGAGCCAGGCCUCCAAUGUCGCCGGCACGCCCAAACGGGUCAUCGUGCAGGCCUCCACCAGUGAGCUCAUGAGGAGCCUGGGAGAGUUCCUGUGCCGACGCUGCUACCGCCUGAAGCGGCUGUCUCCCACCGACCCGGUGCUGUGGCUGCGGAGCGUGGACCGCUCCCUGCUGCUCCAGGGCUGGCAGGACCAGGGCUUCAUCACCCCCGCCAACGUGGUCUUCCUCUACAUGCUGUGCCGGGACGUGGUGUCGGCCGAGGUGGCCAGCGAGCGCGAGCUCCAGGCCUCUCUGCUAACCUGCCUCUACCUGUCCUACUCCUACAUGGGCAAUGAGAUCUCCUACCCGCUCAAGCCCUUCCUGGUGGAGGCAGAAAAGGAGGCCUUCUGGGACCGCUGUCUGGAGAUCAUCAACCGCAUGAGCGGCAAGAUGUUGCAGAUCAACACUGACCCACACUACUUCACCCAGGUUUUCGCCGACCUGAAGAAUGAGAACAAGAAGGAGGAAGAGAAGACACGGUUAUUGAUAGGCCUAGACCGGUAGAAUGAAGGAUGACAAUAGUAGAGUAGAGAAGGGAUGGAUAUGGUGGGAGUAGCUACAGUAGAGCAGGCAUAUUGUCUGGUGUUCCUGAAUCUGCUCAUAUUGCCAGAUU